AUGCUAAUUAGAAAUCAACAAAUAUUUCAUGUUACCAAAAGGGGGAGAGGCAGACCUAAAAACAUAAGUGCAAAUGCAAGUGCAACAGGGGAUUCACCUACAAUUAUUGCACCUUCAACAACUUCAAGAACAACAAGAGCUACAGCAAGUGCAAGUGCAUCAAGGGCCUCUCCUAGAACCACUGCACCUCCUACAACUUCAAGAACACCAACAUAUGAAGCAAGUGCAAGUGUAAAUGGUGUUGGAGUAUUAUCAAGAUCCAGGAGUGGUAGAGGAAGGGGUAGGGGAUUGGGAAGUGCAGGAAGAGGUAGUAAUCAUCCACUUGAAAAUUGGUUUACAUGUUCUCAAGGUAGUACAACACAGGGUGUAGACCAGAACACAAAUGUUGCACCAAAGGAAACUGCUACUACCAGGAAAGGAAAGGGUGUUGAAAACACAACUCAAUUUAAAAGGCCAAGAGUCACUGGAAUGGGUGCGUUUCAAGCUAAAAAUGGUUUCAAAACUUCUAAUCCUGGACUGCCAAGUAGCACAAUAUUAGCCGGACCAAAGAGAGUUUUGAGAUCAAGUAUUGUAACUGGGGAUGUUGGUUUCAAACCGACAAGUGAAUUGAAGUGGAAAGGAAAUCAGGCAAUCACAACUAGAAAGCUCCAGCAGAUUAGAGAUCAAUCAAGGCUUUCAAACCCAAAUGCUUCCUCCUCUUCACAACCUCGACACCCAUGGAAACUAUAA